GGUCAGUACGUAAGCACAUAUCCUUUGUCAUCUUAUCAGCGUCGAAGAUUCAUAAUCAUUCAUACCAUGGCAGUCAGCAGUUGACGGCCUUUGCACCGGGCAUUCAAGUUCGUUUUGAAGCGCAUCGGAGAAAGUGUUUUCGAGAACCCGAACCCUGAUACUAUGUAAAUAAGUCGGAGGAUUCGGACUCGGACUUCAAAUGGGGAGGCCUCGCCUAGAGUCACAUGACCUUCGGAGUGCAGCGCCCGGGGUUGAAUUUCCCACGAGGCUCGUAUUCCAAUCCUUCAAUGCACUCAAUUGAAUAGAAUAUUCUCCCGACCUUAUUCCUCUGGUCAGGGGCUCGAAGUGCUUUGCCCUCAACUAGGACGACGUAUAUCUCUGCGUGCGAAGCUGGCACUUACAACGUAGCUAUGUUACCUCUCUACCAGGUACCAUGCUCAAAAAGCCAAGCUUACCCUACUGAUCGGCGUAAAGUCGUUUCGACUCCAUCCGGAAGGCCCAAAAGCCAAAACGCCCCUGACGAUUGGUGUAUCCAGGGACCCCCAGACCACGUUCAACUCCCAAAAUGCCAAUCGCAAGACCAAUAGACUGUGGAUCGCGUACGCCCGCCCACGCAAGCUCCCAUGUCGCUGUGCUUGUUCAGGCGCGUCAGGCGUACACAUCAAUCUUCUGGCUUGUGGCGUGUCGUGUUUCUUUUCCGCCGGUCAGGCCCAGGUGAUAACGAAGAGCGGAUUAGACUGAUUGACUCACUCACUCCAAUGUCCACAUAAUGCCAUUAUUGCAAUACUAAUAGUUCGGCAAGUUAAUCGUCCAGUGGUGACUAUCGCUCCCUGGUUCGACAAAUGCGCAGCAUCCUAGGCGACCGAUUGCAGACGGGAUACUGGUGGUCAUUGGGACUUCUCCCCAUCGUCAGCCCCUGAGUCACGGACUACAACUGCACACGCAACUGCCCACCACGACUGCGACGAUGGGCUCCUUUGGUGAAGUCACCGAAUUUGGGCAUGGCUUCAGGGCGCAUUUCUUGUUUGAUUCGAAAUAUACAAAUUUAAAUCAUGGGUCUUUUGGUACAUACUCGUUACCUGUACGCAAUGCGCUUCGAGGAUACCAGAAGCUGGCCGAGUAUGCACCCGACAAGUUUUUGAGAUAUCAAUAUGUCGAUCUCCUGGACAAAUCGAGGGAGCGAAUUGCGCGGCUGCUCAAUGUCCCUUCGGACGAGUGUGUAUUCGUACAAAACGCAACAAUGGGUGUCAACACCAUUUUACGCAACCUCCAGUACAAGGAGAAAGACUGCAUAAUCUAUUUCGACACCAUCUAUGGAGCGGUUGAAAAGACGCUGCAGUCCAUAGUCGAAACGAAUCCUCAACUCACGUUGCGCAAAGUGGGCCAUGGACAGGACUUUGCCUAUUCACUACCUUGUACACAUUCCGAAAUCCUCAAUGCAUUAUCACAGACCAUAUCCCGUGUAUUAUACGAUGGUCUUCGUCCCAAAGUUUGCAUCUUUGAAACCAUCACGGCGUUGCCUGGAGUGCGAUUUCCUUUUGAGAGGAUCACGAAAAUGUGCAAAGAGUACGACAUCAUCAGUGUGAUUGAUGCGGCCCACGGUGUUGGCCAGAUUCCAUUGAACCUGGGCGAGCUAGAUCCCGAUUUCUUUGUCAGCAACUGCCACAAAUGGCUAUAUACUCCCCGCGGGUGCGCCGUUCUACACGUGCCGAAGCGCAAUCAACAUCUGAUCCGGACAACAUUGCCCACGUCGUGGGGAUACCAGCCGCUUGACUCACAGUCAGGCAAAGAUCGAAAUCCAUUGCCGCCGAGCGAGAAGUCGGAUUUUAUAAGGCUUUUCCAAUUCGUUGCGACUGCCGACAACACCCCCUUCUAUUGCGUGCCAGCUGCAUUGAACUUUCGACAGAACCUGUGUGGCGGCGAACACGCCAUCUACACCUACAUUCGCGACAUUGCGCAACGAGGGGCGGAUCUCCUCGCCAUGAUUCUCGGGACCGAAGUCAUGGACGACCUGGAUGCGGGUUAUGGCCUGAAGACGAUGGGGAGUUAUGAGGCCAGCGACCGGCGAGAUGGCGGCAGGACCGGAUGGUCUGGCGGUCUCCGGGAUUGCGCCAUGGCCAACGUUCUCUUGCCCAUCACGAUUGUGGGCGCCAACAGUCGGGGGAGUAUCAGCAUGGGCCCUGGUGGAGCAGGAAGUGCUGGCGGUCUGUCCCCUGCACUCCGACAAACCUCGUAUGGCUUUCCUAGUGCCGGGGCAGCAAGCACGCAAAACACGGGUGCUAGUACGUUGCGCUCCAGUGCCACGAACGGGACAAUGCUGGGCGAGCCUACCAGUAGACUGUCAACAUCUCCCCUCAACUCCCCCAGGUUGAACUAUUCAACAGGUCCUAUCGUGAUCCAGGAAGCCGACGUCAAAAAGCACAUUGCAUGGAUGGAGAAGAAGCUGGUGGACGACUACAACACAUUUGUGCCCAUCUACGAGUACGAAGGCAAGCUCUGGACUCGGGUGUCGGGCCAAAUCUAUCUCGAACUCAAGGACUUUGAGUGGCUGGGUGGAGUGCUCAAAGCGCUGUGUGAAGGGGUACGAUCCGGGGAAAGUCUGCGGAGUCAAAACCAACCAGCGGCACCGGAUCGAGAGCUUGAGGGAUUGACUUUGAUUUCGCCAACCCCUUCCAGACAGGGGACAGGAACGUCGAUGAAAAGGUUCGAUGUGACCCAGGGUGGAUGGGUUGACACAUAGAAUCCGGGGUAGACGGAUUGGGAUGGUUAUUGUUUUCGACGAGAAGGAGUUCUCCGUUGUAAUUAUACAGGAGACAUCCCGGAAGCUGUUGCCCUUUUGGCUGCAUACAUUGUACAUUGGACAUUUUCAUACACUGAAGGUUGAAUGCACGAGAGGAGCAGAGCAGCCGCUGUUGGCACCUUGUCUGGACGUGGUACAUGCCCCCUGCCAUGAACUUGUAAGGACACCGGGGAAGUAUGCUUGCUUUCCAUAUCUGGCGCCAAAAUUGAGCAACGGACGGAAAUACGGUGACUCCAAAUGCGAGUUGCUGCAGGACAGCUGCAACAGGGCAGGUUCAGAUUGUAGUACGAUGUACGUUAUCCUACUGUCCGCGGAACUGUGCUAAAUCGCCAUCGAGAGGGAAGAUCAUGUCAUUAGUAACAAGACGGAAAAAGCCAGUCUGAAAACUCUGCGACGGCACGUGAAGCCGCGGACAGACCA